UGACCGGAAGUUAUUUUGCUUGAUAAAUUUGUCACCUGAAGUUUUAUUUUGAAACGAUAGCCGGAAGCCACAGUGAACGUGUGUGACUUGACAGCGGUCGACCGGCCGAAGUCAUCGGGACUGGGGAAAGACUUUACCGCCGCUGCCGCCUCUGCCCUCCCGUCCCGUUUAAAGCGGAUAAUAUAACAAAAUAACAAACAAGUUUCUCGCGGAUUCACCGGAUAUUAACGGCUGCGGAUUCAGUCGUCACUUUGUUCUCUCAGCGGUGUUCACACUGUUCGUUACCCCGCGGCUGGCGGCUAGCCUCGGUUACUGCUGCUAAACAUGGUGGCCUGUCGGCAAGAAGAACAAACCAGUCCAGUUUGGGGAUUUUAGAGGAUUUUUAAAGCCACUUGGACGCUUCUCGCUGUGAAACACCGCUGCUCUGGACACAUUACCGCCCUCCUUUUCAGUUUUAUUUGGAGGUUUAUGGACUUUGACGUGAGGCUGCCCUUCUGUUUACGUUGAAACACCAGCACAGUCCGUGUUCUGUGGACCGUGGAUAAUUGUACUUUACUUCAAAAGUUGUCAUCAGGCCGCCUCAAAGUUUUCCAACCGAUUUGGAAAAGUUGCAAAAAAUAUGCGCUCACAACUUGGAAUAUAUCUCAAAUGAUAACACGGUUUUGUUUUAUUACCGGUGUGUGUGUGUAACGUUAUUACGGAUGACUUGACACCUUACAAGUGCAGCCUACUGGAACUAUUUCAUCCUCUGAGUUUCUUUUAACAGUCCCCCCAUUGAGGUUUGAUUCCUUGUUAAUCUGUGGAUUAUUAUGGAUUAUUAUUAUGGCCUAAUCCAAACCGCACCAGACCGGGAAUUUUGGGAAUAACUGCUGAUGCUGCUGAUGAUGAUGAUGAUGACAGAGAAAAGCGAUGGUUUCCCUUCGUUAUGAUUUUGAGUAGAGAGGAGUUAAUUACAUGGAGACUCGCCUGACAUGCCAAGGACGGAGUUGCCACUACCUGAGGGCUGGGAGGAAGCCAGAGACUUUGAUGGCAAAGUCUAUUACGUUGACCACAUUAACCAGUGCACCAGCUGGAUCGACCCCAGAGACAGGCAGACGAAGCCUCUGACGUUUGCUGACUGCAUCGGGGAUGAGCUGCCCGUGGGUUGGGAGGAGGCGUACGACCCCGCUGUCGGAGCAUACUAUGUCGACCACAACACCAAGAGCACCCAGCUGGAGGACCCGCGGGCCCAAUGGCAGCGGGAGCAGGAGUCCAUGCUGCGGGACUACCUGGCUGUGGCCAGCGACGCACUCAGCGCCCAGAAGGAGAUUUACCAGGUGAAGGAGCAGAGGCUCCGCCUGGCGCAGCAGGAGUACAGGCAGCUCAAUGAUGCGUGGAGGGACAAGUCGACGUCACAGACCAGCUUGAAUUCAAGAUCAUCCUCUUCCAGCAAGUAUGACCCAGACAUCCUAAAAGCAGAAAUAGCCACAGCCAAAAGUCGGGUGAAUAAGCUGAAGCGGGACCUGGCCUGUAUGAAGCAGGAGCUGCAGUUCAAAGAACAAGGCUUUGAGACCCUCAAAGAAAUUGACCAGAAGGUUUCCAACAGUCCGUAUGGCUACAAGCUGCAGGAGGCGCAGGCUAUCCUCAGCGAGGUCCGCUCCAUCAGAGAUGCCAUCAGCUCUGGGGAGAAGGAGAAACAGGAACUCAUGCAGAAACUGGCGGUGUUGAAGGACAGUUUCCAGCUGGACUCGGGCUCCCAGCAGGAACUAUGGGGAAGCAGUCCCUCGCUUGCUAACUCGGAGCUCUCCAUCCCUCGGCUCUACUCUGAUGCCGGCUCACAGACUGACAUCCCCGCUGAGUUCAUGACCAGCACCAACAAACUGGCAGAGAAGGUUCGUCUGAGUCUGAAGUACGAGGAGGCCAAGAGAAGGAUCGCCACCAUCGAGGUGCAGAUCGCCAAACUGGACAGCGAGGCUUGGCCGGGACUGCUGGACCCGGAGCGAGACCGCCUCAUCCUCAUUAAUGAGAAGGAGGAGCUGCUGAAGGAGCUGCAGUACGUCAGCCCUCGCCAACGCCUGCAGCCAAACGAUGCCGAGAAGCUGGAGUCCGAGAAGAAACGUCUGGAGAGAGACCUGCAGGCCGCCAGGGACAACCAGAGCAAAGCACUGACUGAGAGGCUGCGACUUCACUGCAAGAGGAACAAACUGGUCAGAGAGCUGGAGGAGAUGGUUCGGCUGGCCACAUCACUACAUACUCAACUCAAAAGCCUGUCGGCCAGCACUCUGUCCUGUUCGUCCGGCAGCAGUCGCGGCUCUCUAACGUCCAGCCGCGGCUCCUUGGCCACCACCUCCAGCCUGGGCUCCACCUCCUCCCUCAGCUUCACUGACAUCUACCUGGAGCAGCCGGAGCUGGCCGACCCGGACUUCCAAAACAAGCUGGACAGCCUCCUGCAGGAGGGCGGCCAGGGAGGCUACCGCCCCUCCAGUUCCAUCACCACAAUACAUGAACACGAAGUGGUGACGGGCUCUGGGAGGAGGGACGCUGGGAAGCCUGAGGGCAAGGCAGGCGGGGUGGGAGGAGACGCAGGGUGUUCUGCUGGAGGAGGUGCAGGAGGAGGCGUCGGGUCGGAGUUGGGAUCAUCCAGGAUCCAGGCGCUGAGACUCUCUGAAACCCCACGCUCCAUGAGCUCUUUAUCUCCACGCUCGUCUCUUUCCUCACUGUCUCCGCCGUGCUCGCCGCUGGUCACAGACACUAGUUUCCUUUCUGGAGAGACAUUCGCAGGCCAGACGGGGCCAAGCGGGUUAAGUCUGGAUGUAGAGCUCCACAGCAGGCUAGCAGAACUGGAGCUCAGCCUAGACUCUCAGGAGCAAAGGCAGGAGGAGCACGGGAGUCCAGGGGGGCUGGAGAAGCAGAACCACAACACAGCGCUGGAUGAGGAGGUCAAAGACUCCACUCCCCAGCUGCGGGGGACGGUGGCGGGGCCAAAGAAGAUGGGUGUAACCUCAGCAGUCUCUGACGAGUCGGUGGCUGGUGAUAGCGGUGUGUACGAGCCUUCAGAGCGCAGGCCGGGCCUCCCUGCAGACCUCCUCCUGGGCUCUUAUGAGGAGAGGUUGGCGCUCGGCUGCUCUCAAGUGCAGCUCGGCUUCCGCUACGAGUCCAGAGACCAGCGCUUCACUAUCUACGUCAUGCAGCUAUCCAACUGCAGUGCCCUCUGUCUGCCAGCUGACCAGAAAAUGUAUGUGCGUUCGGCUGUGCUGCCCUGUGUGGAGGCCACCCGCUGCCUCUUCCGAACACGUGGCUCUCUGCCUCAGGAUGUCGUAGAGGUCAAUGAGGUGUUCAGCAUGCAAAUAUCCCACAGUGCAUUGCGGCAGAAGACACUGAGGGUUGACAUCUGCAACACAAGCAAGUCGGGUCAUGAAGAAUGUCUGGCGGGAGCCCAGAUCAGCCUGGCUGAUGUCAGCUGUUCGGAGGAGAGAUGCACCAAGUGGUACAACCUGCUGAGUCGCACCUACAUGGCUGAGAUCAAGAACAAGGACAAAGAGGGCAGAGCAGCUGGCGUCUCAGACAAGACUCACGUAUCCAGUAGUGACAGAGUUGGGGUUCCUGAGGACAAUGAGUGGCAUGGCGACUCUCUGGACAUGUCUGAUGAUGAAGAAGGAAAUGGCAUGGAGGGGGUGGGGCCUCUGGAGGAAGAGGACGAGUUCUAUCCUGACAGCAGCCAAUGGGAAGCAGAGGAGGAGGAAGAGGAGGAGAAGAUGAUGAAACCUCCUCCUCCUCCUCCUCCGACUACAGCAUCAGCAAUCAUCACAGAAAAGGUGAACAAGGAAACGAGUAUGGACAACUUGUUGCCGUCCCACCACUGUUCAGUGGUUCGACCCAAGGAACGCCGCCCGGACGUCCACCAACAGAACCCUUUCAUGCGGGGGAACACCAUCAUCCGCUCCAAGACCUUCUCCCCCGGACCUCAGAGCCAGUACAUCUGCAGGAUUAACCGCAGUGACAGCGACAGCUCCACCCUUUCCAAGAAGUCUCCAUUUGUCCGAAACGCCUCAGAGAGACGCAGUAUGCGUAUGAAGAAGCCUCCUGUGCAGGUUAAAGGUCUGGACGGUCUACUGCGGACUUCCCUGGACCUAGAGUUGGACCUGCAGGUGUCUCGGACACGGCAGGCCCGUCUGGCACAUGAGCUGCGGGUGCUACGGGAGCUGAAGAUGCAGCUGGAGAAGGCGAGGCAGCAGGGCCAGAGGGAGCUGCCGGCCUGGGUCCAAGAAGAUGAACGAUUCCGUCUCCUUCUCAAGCAGGCCGAGAAACAGACUCAUGAGGAGCAGCUGCAGGAGAAGCGGGUGGAGAAAAUGAUGAGGGCAGCAGCCAAGGACGUUCACAAGAUCAGGGGCCAGAGCCGCAAAGAGGUCCCGGAGGUCCAGACCUUCAGAGAGAAGAUGGCAUUCUUCACACGAGCAAAGACCAGCAUUCCAGACCUGCCGGCUGACGACGUGUAGAGAAGCAUUUCAAAGUAUUUCCCCCCCUUUGAGUCUUAACCUGCUGUUCCCAUACAAAUGAAGCAAACGUUUGGCGGUGUUAUGAAGAAUUUUUAAAGCAUAAAAAGAUGUUUAGCAGAGAAAACACUCAAAACCACGAAGAAACACAUUUUUUAAACAGCUGAGCAUUUCUAAUGUGCAUAGUCUUUGUUUGUAAAUUAGUGAUAGCACUGCUAGAGCUUUUUCUUUUUAUUAUUUCACUCUCUUUUUCCACUCUCUUUAUGGCGUUGUGUUUCUGUUACUAACAGGCUGUUUAUAGGCUCUUUGGUGUUUAAAAUCAUUCCAGCACAAAAGUCACACAUGUACAUACAAAGAGUUUUGUAUUAAGUGACACAUUUGGACAAACAAAUACAUGUAUGUAUAUUGAUUGCACAAAACAAUGUCAAACAAUGGUACUAAAGCAAAAUAAGCAACUUAAGCUGAUGAUAAAAGAGAAAAUAUCUAUACUUAAGAGAUAUUUAAUAUUGACUGUUCAAGGUUUGUGUUUUUUUAGAGCAUUUUAAAAACUUUAUACGCAGACAAACAUAAGCACACCUGAAGCUUGUCUGACAGCACAGAUGUUUGUAUAUAAGCCUCAUCAGCAUGCCUUCUGUAUGAGCUCUAGUGUCUUUCGGCUCACGACACAACAACACGAGAGGAAAACUGGAGUGUCUUCGCUUUACAAACAUUACAGAAUGAACCUGAUCUGAACAAGAUUGUUCUCUUUUUGGUGGAAAGUAAAAAGUCGUCAUGAUUUUCUCUCACCAGUAACACACACACUCAGCAAAGUGUAGAAUCAGCACUAACUCUCACUAACACUCAGGUAGUUGUUCGGAUAGUCUGCACUUUAGGAAACUUGAGGUAUAAGUAAAGUAAAGAAGCUUGAUGUAAGUUUUUGAAAAAAAUGAAAAAAGAAACCUGUAAACCUUUGCCUUGAAUGCGCUGGAACGAUUGUUGAUUGUUGAAGCAAACAAAGAUUGUCGAAUCACACGCAGGAAGUGAAGAUCAAAUGUAUUUUUUGAUGACUGUGAACUAAAAGGAGUUUUUAUUUCAGACUUCAACUUCCCUCUGUUUCUACUCUGUAACUGGAUGUUUUGGAUACAUAUCUGAGUCGCUCUCAUGUCUCUUAGAACUGGACGUUCUGCAGCUCAAUCUGUAUAUCUUGAUUCAUGUUAGCAUGGUGCCCCAGCAAAACUGAACACAUCAGCUUUAUAUUCUUCUUAUUAACUCUUUAAAGCUGCGCAGUCAGCAGCAAACAGCAGACAGACACAGGUAGAGACUAUCUGGUGAGCAGAAUGGGAAGUGUAGCAGCUAAAUAAGCAGUUAUUUCCAUCAGAAGUUUGUGGAAACCAAAAAAAGAGCCAAAAGCGAGUGAGUAUUGAGCUUAAAUGUAUUAGUUGGACAUAAAAAUCACUUCAGAUAUAAUGAUGCUUAACACAUCUGUAAAUAGGUAACUAUAGUGAUAAUAUGUUAAUGUGGUAUCGCUGUGCUGCCCCCAAGAGGCCAAAAACAUAAAUUACAGCAGGUUUCAAGCCUUACCUUUUUUCUCCAUGCCACAUUAAAUUAUAAAUUACAAAUGAUAUACAAUCCUGCAGCCAAUUCCAAAAAGGAAUACUGUCAAUGAGUUUAAGUGAUUUAUUUAUUUAUUUUUCACAGGUAGUCAUGAAUAUGGACAUUAAUGUUUUAAUGUUUUUUUUUUUAAUUGUUGGACUGUCAGACUACUUUGAAGUUUGAGAGCUGCAUUAAUAUUAAAGGUUUUAGUUUUAUAUGCUGCUGGUUUAUUACAAUGUAUGGUAUGUUUUGAAAUCACAACAAUGACCUAAAAGUCAACGGUCUAAUAAUUAUAAUGGAAUUAAAAUGAAAUGUACAUUCUGCACAUUCAGGAAGUUAAACUCUAAAAUUCAAAUGAAUCUGAACAUCUAUUUUCAUAAAUAUGUUUGGAUAAUUGAAGAUCUUUACUUUUUAAUCUGGCAUGCAGACUCUCCUUAGAUGCUAUCAGUUUAAUCAGAGAAAAGACAUGUAAAACAUGAACUGUUCCUCAUGCUGUUAAUUGUGAGCAUUUGCAUAGUAACCUGGCUUUGGAAUCAAAUGAGAAGGCAGUAAGAAUCGUACUUUAUCUGUAUGUGCAGAGUGUCUCAAAUUCUAUACCUCUGACACGACUGUGUGAUAGUCAGUUAACUGUUUGUCCUCCUGCAAUGUCAUUUCUAUUCAGCUCAGUGAAGACUUACUGACGUCUGACUUUGUUUCCAUGGCAACCCGACUUAUAAAUCAGCAGCAGACCUCGACCUCGGCACAUCUCUUGUUUACUGACUCUUUGUGUUUGUACCUGGAUGUUGAGCAGCUGUUGUAAAAGUCGUCCUUGGUGCUUUUCUCAACAUUUCACCUGCGUUAAAGCAAAACUCUGAAGGUGACAUACCUCAUGUUCCUACUCGCUGUAAUAUUAUAAAUGCUCCUGCUGAUAACUGGACUCUUGUGGAAGAUGUGUCGUAGAGGACAUUUUUCUUGUUUUACCAUUCUGAGAAAUACCCCUGAAAAAUACAAAAAAAUAUUUUUAAAAACUACAAAAGUUGUUAAAAGGUGUUUUGGUACCUGCAGUAAAUGAUUGACUGAAAUAAAAGUGUGUGGAGUCAUAAAGCUUUCAUUUUAAUAAAUAGAUGACUUAAUAGAUAAUAAUAAAAAGAUAAUAAUGAAAGAAAUUUAGAAAAAAAGCCUUAAUUCAUUUAAAAAUAAAUAAAUGCACAGAAAUACAAAAAAAAUAUUCAUUGACUGUGGCAUGUGGGUUUUAUUGCUUUAGCCAGAAUAGUCAAGACACGUCCCUUUAUUAUCAUAUGGAUGAAAAAAAUAAAGGAAUGAAUGAAAAAGCCUGCUUAAAAGAUAAAUAAAUGUGAACAGAAAAAGUAAAUUAGGAAAAUAUAAUUAUGAUUAAUAUUAACAUUAACAUUUAUUUGAUCAAAUAAAUAGAGGCCUUUUUUCUACAUUUAUUUUAUUAAAUAAAAUAGAAAACACUCAAAAAAUGAGUUCAUUACACCCACUGGAUACUAAUUAUUAAACAUUUUAAACAUGACAGACUGAAAACAAGUGAGUUUUAGUUUUAUUUCUUUAAAUCACAGAAACACUCUAACAUUUACCAAGGAAACAAAAUUUGGAAAACACUGUGACCGACAAAAUUGAAAGCAGGAAAAAACUAGUAGAGGGAUGAGAAAACAGUGAAAAUAAAAAAAGAUAAAAUAGACAACAAGAAGGACAAGAUUACAGAUCUGAAGAUCAGAACAUGAAAUAGAAAUGAAUAGUAAUAAAAAAAUAUGUUUACAGUCCUAAAGUGGAGUCACCUGUGAUAUAAUAUUACAGAACAUCCUGCUCCGGUUAUAUUUGUGCUGAUAAAUAAAUGUAGUGC